AUGUCUCAUGUACAAGAACAGGUACAAGAACAGUCUAGUCUCUUGAAAGCCAUAGUUGCUGGGAUAGGAGGUAUUAACAAGUGUGAUCACACUAAAAAGGCCAUGCAAAGGUGUAUGACCAACAGAGUCAUGGCUGGGAUUAAUUUUUCAGGGAAGAAAAAUAAAUUUCCGUUUGGGCACAGCAACUUCUUUAAAGUGAUCAAAGAUGUCAUGAUGUCAAGAUAUAGCUGUACAGAGAAGGAAGUCACCGACAGCAUCGUUAACUAUCUAAAAUGGGCACCAGAAAGAAAAGAUGGAGGUGGAAGAAAGUAACAAUUAGGAACUUGAACUAUUAUUUUGGCCUUGUGCUGGACAUUGCUACAAUACUUACAGUUAUAUCUCUGAACUGUGGAGUUCAUCAGAUUACACUCAUAUCUGUCGUGUGUAUAUG